AACAUAAAAUAACAUAACAUAAUGUAUUGACCGUCCAUUGUGGUUAACAUCGAGUCCCACAGAAGCCGAAACCAUGACCACUAUUGAAACAUCGGUUUUACCACGUAAAGUAAAGGGGGAAAGAUCCAUGUGCGAGGCUUUGGCCGAAUAUCCGGGCGAAUUGGUGAAGACUGACUCGCCGAAUUUCGUGUGCAGCGUACUACCGUCGCAUUGGCGUUGCAACAAAACACUUCCAGUUGCAUUCAAGGUUGUCUCUCUUGGUGAUAUACCAGACGGUACGACAGUUCAUAUUUCUGCUGGCAAUGAUGAGAAUUUCUCGGCGGAGCUACGAAAUUCGACCGCUCUAAUGAAGAAUCAAGUUGCAAGAUUCAACGAUCUACGUUUCGUGGGUCGUAGCGGCCGAGGAAAGUCGUUCACGUUGACCAUAACAGUCAACACCGAACCACCACAAGUGGCAACGUACGUUCGGGCGAUUAAAGUCACGGUAGAUGGCCCUCGUGAGCCGAGAAGGCACCGAAGAAAUGACGAAAGGGAUUUGCAUGCAGUGUAUGAGCCACCGUAUGUGUCUACAGAUACGCCCCUGUCCUUUGGUCUUCCUGGAGAUUUGCAAAGAUCUCAGACUUGGCCAACAAUUCCGAACAUAGUAAACCAACCUAUGAUGAACAAUUACCCGGCCGAUGUCUGCAGCAUGUCCCAAAAUCUCAUCACAUCACCUAAACAAAAUCCAUUGCUGCCCGCUAUGAACGGCGACGCAAUGUCCUCGCUUUUUCCUCAAAUGUUCCCAACGGACCCUAGGUAUUCCAGCACCACGCAGUUUUCAUAUCGUCCGAGUGCCACUCCGUCUUCUGUGACCUCGGCGAACGUACCUUCGCCAUCCAUAGGUCUCUUUCCUGGAAACCCUACCGCUUUAGAUGCAAAUCAGAAUGUUGUGAAUGGCGGUGGACUAACGCACAUCACAAACACGAUGAACAUAAUUAACAAUCAAGUGACGUCAUCUAUGGUAAAUAGUACCAAUGGUCUGUUUACCACAACGUCAUCGCUGAAUGAUCACGACCUGUUAAAUCACGUGACUUCAACUACGCCAAAAGGCUUGUAUCAAGCUUCCGCUCAGACUUCGGCAAACGCACUUCCUAUGACCCAGUCUCCGGUUUACUCAAACAUAGGUAAUUCUUACGCCAUGAUGAGACCAACUUCCAUUGGCCUUCACGAUGUUGCUAAUGUAAAAUUUCAAUCUGGCAAUGGCGUGAGCUUCGCAGAUUUGAGCAAUUCAUCAUUGAACAUUAAUGGGUAUUCAUACUCACCAAAAAAUGACACUCACAGUGAAAUGGGGAAAGUCUCUGACGUUAUGAAUCAAAUUGACGAUCUGAGUCAUGUUCGCAUCAAGCUCGAAAACGAAACAGUACGCAGUGUCUCCCCAAAGGUGUGGCGGCCGUAUUGAGUAAAAAAUGUUUGAGAUGAUGUGCUAAACUCAUGGAGUUACUGAACUCUUCAGAUUCUGUGCUGGUUUAGAUCACAUUUUUGCAUUCUUGAAAAGCUCGGUUCAACAUUCUUAUUAAAGAGUUCAAUUUCAGCGUAUUAUAGAAAAAUCUGCACUUAGUGAACAAAUUAAUUUAACGUAAUUAUUUAUUUGUAAUAUAUAUUAUAAUAUUCUUCAGAAUAUGUAAAAUAUGCGUUUGUGCAUGAGAAAUGAAGUCGUGUUUAAAACAUAUAAUUUAUGUGACCGAAGUCGUUUGACGUGAUGAAUUAGAAUUGUUAAAUUGUUUUAAUUUGGCUCAUUUCAUAAAUAAGAUUAAUGACAAUCGUUGGUCUUUCAGUAAAUUGUUAAAACAUACUA